UUGGUUGAAGAGAGAAAAUCUGAAAUGACCCUUGUUGGAGAUAAAUACAGCAAAGGCCUACAUCAGAGGGAUACUAUGAGGAGGAGUAAAUGAGUAAAGGGAACUGAAUGGAGCCAAAGGUGUGAUAGUGGAGACUAGGAGUGAAGGCUAGGAACACAGAAGUAAGAUGUAUGAUUGAAAGAAUGAUAGCUGGAUGCUGAACAGUAAGUGGUUGUGAUUAUUAUCAUGAUUAUUGUUGUUUGUUUUUCUAGGCAAAGGCCCUGUGAAUACAGGUAUAUAACCAGUUAGGACUGAACCGACCUACAGAAUAAAUUUAAGAUUUGAGGCAAAAAGUGGUCCAAUGAUGUGCUACAAGAAGAUAGUGAAAGAAAGAAAGAAGAUUUUAUUUACAGAACAUAACCCCUGGUAAAUCUCUUCUUCAUCUACAAAACUUACCAUGUGGUCCAACAAUAGUGCUGCCCCCUUUUUGCUGACUGGAUUCCUGGGCUUAGAGACAAUUCACCACUGGAUUGCUAUUCCUUUUUUUCUCAUCUACCUCUCUAUUAUCUUUGGCAACAGCAUACUUCUCUUCCUCAUUCUGAGUGACCACAGUCUUCAUGAACCCAUGUACUACUUCCUGGCAAUGUUGGCAGGCACAGACCUGGGGAUUACACUAACUACAAUGCCCACAGUCCUGGGUGUCCUAAUGUUGAACCAGAGGAAGAUUGCACAGAGCGCCUGCUUCACUCAGUCCUACUUCAUUCACUCACUGGCCAUUGUAGAGUCAGGUGUCUUGCUUGCCAUGGCCUAUGAUCGUUUUAUUGCCAUUUGCUCCCCUCUGAGGUACAACUCCAUUCUUAUCAGUUCCCGGGUGAUGAAGGUAGGGCUAGGGGUACUGAUGAGGGGCUUUGUGUUCAUUGUGCCCCCAAUUGUGCCACUCUAUUGGUUUCCAUAUUGUCGUUCUCAUGUUCUCUCCCAUGCUUUCUGUCUCCACCAAGAUGUCAUGAAACUUGCUUGUGCUGAUAUUACAUUUAAUCGCCUGUAUCCAGUAGCUCUGGUCGCUUUGACUUUCUUCCUGGAUGCUCUAAUUAUCCUCAUCUCUUAUAUUCUAAUCCUGAAAACAGUUAUGGGCAUUGCCUCUGGAGAGGAACAAGCCAAGGCCCUCAACACCUGUGUCUCCCAUAUUAGCUGUGUUCUAGUGUUUUAUAUCACUGUGAUUGGCUUGACCUUUAUCCACCGGUUUGGAAAACAUGUACCACGUGUAGUCCACCUUACCAUGAGCUAUUUCUACCUUCUCUUUCCUCCAUUCAUGAACCCUGUUAUAUACAGCAUCAAGACCAAACAGAUUCAGAAAAGCAUCAUUUGUUUAUUCUCUACACAGUAGGGCUUGAGCUUUUAUUUUGAAAUCUUGAGAUCUUCAGGACAACUUGGUGUCUUGGAAUUAUACCUAGCCUAUUUUUUCAUAGUUAGAUUAGAUUUUACUUUUUACAUAAAUUUAGAGUAACCUGAAUGG